CCGGUGCUCCCCUCUGCAGCCUGCCCCAGGCCAGGGAACAGCUUGGCCUGAUCCUUCUGACGCCCCAGGGCAGGAUAGGGCGGGGAGGCUCCAGGGCGGCCACCCAUGCUGGGCACACAGUGGACCCUGGCACAGUGUCUUCUGCCAAGACACCCAGACCCAGGGCUGGCCGGGAGCCUUCGGGGCGACAGCUCUGAGGAUGGACGUAGGCAUACGAGGGCAGGGACCCGGGCUUUAGGAAUCAGAGGUGAGGCCUGGAGCCUCCCUGGGAGCUGGUGGUCUCUGUGGAUGCCCACCCUCGGCCCACGUUUCCACCCCCGUUCCCCUCCCAAGGUUGAGACCAGGGAAUGGUGGGCGCCAGCAGAAAGCACGCUCCUCAAUCUUUGCUGGGCCGAGUCCAAGGAGGGCCCGCUGCCUCCCCAGCCCAGCCUCCCUCUGCCCCGCCUCUCCCCUUACCCCCUGCCGAGGAGGGAGAGGGGCAAAAUCUCACCCUUCCUGCACUUGGAGAAAAAGAGGUUGCUUGUGCUGGGGUGGGGGCCAGCAGGGGACCUUGUUACUAGGGGAUCCCAGCCCAGACCCUCACCCACCCCCUUCCCCACCCCCUGCCAGGCCGGCUGCUGCCCCCUGCAGCCCUGCUUGGAGCCUGGAACUCCUGUGGGUGGGCCUCACCCUGGUGGGGACGGUCCAGCCACAGCACCAGGGUCCCCAGAGGGGCCCGAACUUGCCUUUUCACAAGAUCUGUCUCCAGCCCGGCCUCAGGAAGGAGCGGGUGAGUGGCCUCCAGGAUGGGGAAGGAGGAAGGAGGGUGCCGCUGGGCCUGACUGCCACAGUGAGCAUGGUCCUCAUGGCCCCGGAGAACCCUGCCAGGUGGGAAGAACUCACGCCCUCUGUGCAAGUGGAGAAAGUGAGGCUCAGGAAGGCUGCCCACCCACUAGCCAGGGUCACCCAUCCCUGUCAGAUCCAGACUCCUGCCAGAGUCACGGGUGCCAGCCUGCCCACUGCCAGCCCCUGCAGCUCUGGGGGAGUGGUGCGUCCUAGGGCUGGCAGUCAACACUCUCAGGCCGGAGCGCAGGUCCCAAUUCAGGAUGUUGGUGGCAGCCGUGGUCACGUCCAGCCUGCUCAGCUGAAGCUGGGUGCCCAGAGCCCCUGCCAGGUGAUGGGACUGCCCAGGGAGGGGAGACGGAGGGCUGUGGGGUGGAGACCCUUCAUACAGACAGGCAGGUGGGCGGACCCCGUGGGCGGAAGGAGGCAGUGCCUGCCUUAAGGGAGCUCACCCACACCCUCAGCACAGCUGUGGGGCCCCUGCUUCUCUCCUGGGGCCUGCAGUUUGGAGCAGGAGCCUGUCCUGAGACCCAGGGGCAGGGGAAGAUCAGGGCAGGGUGCAGGGCCCAGUGACAUGGUGGCUGUGGCUGGGACAUCCCGAUUCCAUGCAUCCAGUGAGAACUUCUACGGGGAGGGCACAUGGUCAGAGGCGGGGACAAGCAGGCUGCCAGGAAGAGCAGCCUCAGGAAGAGCGGGAGCAGGACCCUCCGGGAGGCCAGGAAGCCUCUACCCUCCCCAGCUCACCCGACCUGCCCCUCCCCAAAGCCUUCACCCCAGCCUCUCCCCACCACAACCUCCUCCCACAGGGCCCCCCCUGCAAACACUGGGCCAGGACCUCCAUCCCUGAGAAGCAGCCAGAUCAGAACCCCCUUGGAGGCCAGGAGGAGGUUGGGUUCGAAAAUGACGAGAUGGAGGCUACGCCGAGACCAAGCGCCAGGAGAAGGGACCCAGGCCAAGCUGCUCGGUGAGGCCCUGAGCACGGCGGGAAGGGGCCACGCAGGACCCCCUGAGGGCUGGGCUGGGGAGGGAGGGGUCUCCCCAGGGCUCACCCCCCUUCUUGGCACAGGGCAGUGGAAGGAGCUGGAUUUCGACCUGAGGGAGAAAUUUAUCAGAUUUGACCAGAUCCUGGGCAUCAGCCUUGACCACAUUCCCUUCCUGCCCCAGACUGGCCGCAGCAGGCCUGGGGGGCGUGGGGUAGGCAGCAGAGACCACACUGAUGCGGGGAAGGUGGCCCAGAGCCCUGCAGGCCAGAGCCUGGGGCCAGGCGGGAGUGUCCGCCGAGGAGGGGGUGCCUGGUGCCCGAAUGACACAACCUGAGAUGCACCAGCCCCAACCCUGUCCGUGCAGCCCAGCGGGCAGGACUGCCCAGGAGAUCGUCGGGGUCCGGAGGUCAAGGCCAGGUGCCAGAGGGUCCUGGCAGGACCUGGGGUCACUGGAAGCACCCCACGUACACAGCAGGCAGAGGGGAUGGCAGGCAGAGGGGAUGGCAGUGCUAGAGGAGGGGCUGCAGGGAAGCCCUUGUCAGCCCCCAUUUCUGACCCAAGGAGCCGUGGCCGGGAAGGCCAACCUGAGGCAAGAGGGUUCUGAGCUGGAAGAGGCCAGGCCCCCCCAGAUGCAGGGGCCCCGUGGGAAGAGGGAGGCCAUGAGCUGAGGCCACAGCAGCUGAAGCUCUGAGAGCUGGGAGUGAGCUGGGGCCCUGCCAGAGCCUCGCUACCGACUGCUCCAGGUGUGGGGGACGCUGCGGGACCCAGACCUGGACACACCUGCGGCCUGGAGUGUCCCCUCCUGCCCAACCCAGGGCCUCUGAGGGUCUCUGCCCAAGCUCCUGGGUCCCCUGUACUGGGCCACCUGCAGCUACCGAGGCAGCCCUGGGGGCAGGCAGGAGCCCCUGGGUCAGAGGUCGUGCGACCCUGGCCUUGGACCCUUGGGCCUCUGACCAGCACUCCUUCCUCACAGAGGAGCCCGUGGUGAGCCACGAGUGUGACUGCCAGGGGUCCUGGGGGUCCCGGGCCACACUGGGAUCCACGAGGCCCUCCUGACUCCUGGCCCUGGCACCCCCUCCACCCCUCUCUCUCCUGCAGGUCUCUGCUUCUCCCUCCUCUCACUCCAGCCCCUCCGUGAUUCUCUGCCUGGGCCUGCCACCCCUCUCCUGAGGACAGUGGAGCCUGGCCCCGCCCUUGGCGGCCCCACCCUCACCUCCCGUCCCAGCCUCGCUGGUCCCCCUCCCUGUGGGAGGCUCCACCUCACCUGCCCCCACUCGCCCAUCAGAAAUAAACAGUCUGUGCCAGGAGGAGCCGGACCCGACUGUCCUUGAGCACGGGGUGAUGGGUAGGCAGGGCCGCGGGGAGCAGCCCAGGUUCCAGGCCCAGGAGGAGCUGAGCUCGGGACAUUUGUCCUCAUCUAACCCCCAGUGGCUGCCUCCCUCCCAGCUGUGUGCUCUCCUGGCCCGUCCCACGCUCUCUGGUGAAGAGCCAGAUUCAUCCUCAAACAUAGGCCACCCUCCAUGGUGCCCAGCAGAAACUGCUGUAGGCUGGAGGGCUGGGACCAUGGGGUGACCAGAGGCUGCGGAGGCCUGUGACCGAGGGUCCCUGUCCAGCUCCACAGCACCUGGCACCCCUUGCCCCUGCUAGGAGCGCCCUUCCCUCACCGCUGGCUCUUCUCAGAUCUGUGGCCCCAUGCCCCUGGGUUGCCUCAAAGGAACCCCAGAGUGAGAGGCAGGAGCCCCCACCUCAGGGGCGUGGGCCCAGGCUCUCUGUGGCCGCCCCACGUUCCCCCAGUGGGAGGCAGGAGGCCCUGAAGAUCCAGGCCCAGCCCUGACCGGGGGUGGGCACAGAGGUGGGGAGCAGCCUCUGGGAUCGGGUCUCCACUUGUGCCCUGCAGGAGCCAGCCCCUUGCACUGAAUGGUCCUUCCGGCUUCUGGUCUCUGGGGAGCAGUGCCCAGCCUGGUGCUACAGUGACCCAGGGGUCCUUAGGCGAGGCCCUCCCAGGCUUG